GCAUAAACGUGGGUCCCUUUAAUCUUCAAAAUAAUCAGAGCCAGUAUGGGAAAGAAAAGAAAAACACACUGUGCCAAAUCGUACUAGCUCUCUCUCUCCUCUCUCUCUCUCUCUCUCUCUCCUGCCGCUUCUUCAAGCCCCACCAGUACCACACCCACCACCACCUCUAGGGUUUUCCAUAGCCUAAACUUCGAUUCAUUCCUCAGCUUUUAUGACAGUAUCUCACUCAAUGUGUAAAAAAAGAACACCACCCCACCUCUUGUUUCAGGGUUUAGAUGUCAUAAUAUGGAGCCAGUGAAAGAAGUGUAAAAACUAUACAAAUUGUGAACUUCUCUGAUCUACAAACAGUCUAAAAAUUACCUGUUCUGUUCUUUUUUCCAUGAAUUUCCUGUGUCUGAAGUGCUUCUUUAGAGACCUUUAAGGAUAAAUGUUGCAGGACUGAAUUCCAUCUUACUGUUUUUGGCAUUACAUUCAAGUAGCUUUAGUAGAGUAACCCUGUAAUGGGUUCGUUUUCUGGUACUUGUGAAAUUGUUGAAGCAAGUGAGGAGCUGAAUCUAGGUGGUCAACAUUCUAGGUCAUAUAAUGACAAAGAUCGGAAAUUUCCUAUGCUCAGACUUGGACGUAAGGAUUCCAUAGAAGGUGAUAUUAAUCAACUUUUUGAGGCAAUUAGUCUUAAACCUUUGUCCAAGGACUUGCGUCUUUCACAAGAUGGAACAAGCCCUUUAAACAAAAGUGCCUUGAAAAGGCCAAUUACAGUCGGUAUGUCUAAUUCACCAAGAUUUGGGAAUUCAGAACCUGUAUCGCUGAAACAGGCAUUAAGGGAGCUAUGCAUUUCCAAGGCAUCAGAAAUGGCUGCUAUGAAACGGUUAUCAAAGUCAACUGGUUCUCCAGGAGUCUCAGAAGCUGGAAGGAUAAAGACAUUGUACAAUGCAGUUGUGGUUGAAGCUAGUGAAUCUGGCCUAUCCUUAGCUGAAGGUAAACGGAGUCUGGUCAAAAUAUCACUGGUGCCAGAAGAAAGCAAAUCAAAUUCUUUUGGGAAGAUGCCUGAGCAUUGUCAAAUGCCCAACAUGAAGUCACCAAGUCAAAGUUCUCAUUCCUCUCCUCGAUUUACUGCUGCAAAAACACAAAAUAAUGCUGGUAAUAUACAAAAUGAGAUUGUUUCUACAUCAAGGAUAGUUGGGGAUCAUACACCAAAGGUAGAGCUUGCACAGAAAGAGAAGCAUGCAUCUGCACCUUCUCCAUCUUCUUCUAGUACUGCUGGCAACAUAUCAGAGCUGGUUGAAAAAGUUCCUGCCUCAAUGAAGUUAGCAAAUAAAGCAGCGGCACCUAAGCCUGGGCGGAAAGGCAGGAUGCAAGCCGUACCUUCUUCUAGUUCAGUUGUUGGUGGUAGGGCGAGCAAGUUAUCCAGGAAUACCCCCCGCUCUGUCAAAUCAGUUGUUAGGAACAAGACUUCUGUCAAGAAGAAACUAAAGCAGAAUUCAAGCUCUGCUGCCUGCACUUCUACUGCAUAUGACAAAGUUAAUAAUGACUUGGAUUCUAGUAAAGGUCAACUGGUUUGUGAGAGAUGCCACUGUACUUUGAAGAAUGAAAGUAAUGAGUUCAAACAAGAUCCUCUAAUGUCCCACUCAGCCGGUCCAACCAUUGAAGUAAGCCCAAAUAAUGUCCACUCUGGAGCAAGCAAGCCAGGCAUCGCCUCAAACAGCAUUAGUAAAAGCAGAGCUGUCGUUAUCAAAGCAAAAAAGAACACAAAAUCAAAAGAGAAGGGGGAAUUUUCCCAAAGUUCAAAAAGUAGUCAAGGUGAGUAUAGUAGUAGCACAAGUAUCAGUGAUGAGAGCAAUGUGAGUGGGUCUAGUUGUGGUAACAGGCCUCACAUGUCAAAGGAUGUGAGGUGGGAAGCCAUCCGUCAUGCACGAAUGCAGCAGGGAGUCCUGGGUUUGAGUCACUUCAAUCUUUUAAAGAAGCUUGGUUGUGGUGACAUUGGAACUGUAUAUCUUGCUGAGCUGAUUGGUACAAAUUGCCUAUUUGCUAUAAAGGUCAUGGACAAUGAAUUUUUGGCUAGAAGGAAUAAGAUGCCAAGGGCUCAAACUGAAAGAGAAAUAUUGAGAAUGCUGGAUCAUCCAUUUCUCCCAACGCUAUAUACCCAAUUCACAGCAGAUAAUUUAUCAUGCUUAGUUAUGGAGUAUUGUCCAGGUGGAGAUCUUCAUGUCCUACGGCAGAAGCAGUUUGGCAGGAGUUUUCCUGAAGCAGCAGCUAGGUUUUAUGUUGCUGAAGUCCUCCUUGCUUUGGAGUACUUGCACAUGCUUGGAGUUGUGUACCGGGAUUUAAAACCAGAGAACAUUCUUGUUAGGGAAGAUGGUCACAUUAUGCUCACAGACUUUGACCUCUCACUCAGAUGUACUGUGAGUCCAACUCUCUUGAAAUCAUCUUCAUCUUCAUCUACUGCAGAUCCUGUAAGGAUAUCCGGCCCAUGUACAGAUUCCAGAUGUGCUGAACCUUUCUGCAUUGAACCAUCCUGUCAAGUCCCCUGCUUCAGCCCUAGGUUUCUACCUGCUGCUGCAAAAACAAGGAAGUUAAAAGUUGACCCUGCAGUCAAGGUCAGAUCGUUGCCACAGCUUGUGGCUGAGCCCACUGAUGCACGAUCCAAUUCCUUUGUUGGUACCCAUGAAUAUCUGGCUCCUGAGAUAAUUAAAGGAGAGGGUCACGGAGCUGCAGUUGAUUGGUGGACGUUUGGUGUCUUUCUUUAUGAGCUUCUAUAUGGUAGAACACCAUUUAAAAGUGGUAAUAAUAAUAAUGACGAAACUUUAGCUAAUGUAGUGUUGCAGAGUCUCAAAUUCCCUGACAGCCCACUCGUCAGUUUCCAGGCAAGAGAUCUCAUCAGAGGGUUGUUGGUAAAGGAGCCAGAGAAUCGGUUAGGAUCCAUGAAAGGGGCGGCUGAGAUUAAGCAGCACCCCUUCUUUGAAGGCCUGAAUUGGGCAUUGAUACGUUGCACCAUUCCACCAGAGCUACCUGACCUUUGUGAUUUUGGAUUUGCAACCCCGGCUUCCCAGGAAACAUCAAAUAAGUAUUUGGAAUGUAAAGCUACAGGAGAGCACCUGGAGUUUGAAUUGUUUUAGAGAAAGCACUACUUUUGGGAAGAGAUGCUCUCUAAUUAGGUUAGUUCUUAAUUUAGACCUCUCCUCCCCUGUUGUAUCUAAUAUGUAGCCUAAAAUGUAAAUUUAGUUGAGAAUGGUAAAAGCCUGUCAUUUAUGGUAUAGAAAGUUGUAGCUGAGGAUUUGAUACAUGGCUUCAUGACUCAUGAGAUAGCCUGAGUUGCCUUGAGAAAUACCACAUUUUCAAUCCAAGAUUACCUCUAAAGAUCCUA